GGAGCUGCCGGCCGCUUGGCGACGACACGACACGAGGCGGUGGGAGGGAAGGAAGGAAGGAGGCGGACGGUCUGACGGGGCGGGUGGAGCCAGCGGGCGGAGAGCCUGCUUCAGAGGGCCGGCUACUGCUACAGCUACAGCUACUGCUGGUGGCCCGUCGGGGACCGGAUGGGAGCGAGCGGGGCGACACCAUGGCGCAGCCGGGCUCUGUGAGAGGCCGCGUGUCGGCCGAGAGGCUGCGGUCGUGGUGGGAGGUGCCGGCCAUCGCUCACUUCUGCUCCUUGUUCCGGGCCGCCUUCGCGCUGCCCGAUUUCGAGAUCGAGGAGUUAGAAGAUGCUUUGUUGAUCGAUAACUGGGAUUUUUUGGAGGACUUGGUUUCUAAACUUCUUCGAGGAUGUUACCAACGCAAAGAUAUUAACAUAGAGAAUUUCCACAUGUAUCUUGAAGACAUCAUUCGACAUCGAUGGGAACUCGAAGAGGGGAAGGAAAACCCACUUCAGGGAAUACACUUUAGGGCUCUUUCUUCCAGGAUAAUAGUUGAAAUUUUGCACAGACUCUGUGAUUACCGUUUGGAUGCCACAGAUGUAUUUGACCUUCUAAAGGGUCUUGAAGCAGAUAGCUUGAGAGUAGAGGCCCUUGGAGAAGACAACGCUGGGGCCCAAUACUGGUAUUUUUACGGCACCAGAUUAUACAAAGAGCUGCCUCCACCACCACCAAAGGAGGAACCAAAAUAUAAACCAUCAAAGAAUGAUAAUAAGAAAGGAAAGAAACUCAAGGAGGAACAAAAUAUGAAAAAUUCCAGAGUAUUAAAUAAAAAUAUUACAGCAAAAACUCCAAAUGAAAAAUUAAAGAAAAAAUGGAAACUUCGUUAUAGUUUAUCUAAAACAAGGUUUGAGAGAGUUGAAAAGGGAAGUGGACAGCUUGAUGAAACCUCUGAUGUGAAAGCUAAUGAGCAGAAGGAAAAUGAUGCCUUUGGAUGCAAUGUAAUGCACAUAGAAGAAAGGAGUGUGUGGAGUCUUGUAUGUCACACUUUAGAAGAAUGGAACAGUCUGUCUGACUCUUUUAAAGAGAGUCAGUGUGCAAAAGAAAGAAAACUAUACAAAAUUUUGACUGAGAACUUUAUCUCAGAAAUCAGCAAUCUACUUAUACAGAAGGAGAAACAGUUGCAGAAGAGAUUAUCAGAAAUUCUUCCUCGUAGGGCGUCAGAUCGUCUUCUUGUAAAACGUACUCAGCAGGAAGAACUGGUUUCAUCUCUGUUGAAGGAAAGGCAGGCCAUGUUUGGUCGACUGGCAGAUAACCGAAUGAGAGAUGGUUACUACUACGCGGCACAGCGGCUGUUUACGCCGCAGGAAAUUAAACAUAUUGAGGAAGAAGGAAGAAUUCUUGCACGUGAAGAACGAGCAAGGCGUCGACAAAUGCGCGAAGAGAAAUCGAUGUUAAUGACUAAGGUGAAAACUGCCCUGAAGAGAAAACAAACCGCACUAACACAUUCUCCAGUCAACUCGGAGGAACCUGAUAAGAAAAGACCUGAAGUGCAUUAUACAGAUGAUGAACAGUAUGUUUCUAUGUAUAAAGUGCUGGAUGCUGUAAAGGUUCACAAGGAUUCCUGGCCAUUUAACGAACCGGUGGAUGAAUCCUAUGCUCCGGAUUACCUCAAAAUCAUUGAGGAACCGAUGGAUCUGUCGACGAUUGAGAAAAAGCUAAGUGAGAAAAUGUACCACAGCAAAUGGGCCUUUGUAUCUGACUUCAGGCUUAUGUUUGAGAAUUGUGAACACUACAAUGGAAAAGGAAAUGAAUACACCCUGAUGGCCCAAGCUGUAGAGAAGUGUUUCAACAAAGCAAUGAUCAGAUACUUUCCUAAGGAUGAAAUAGACAGUGAUGAAGAGUUCUCAGAUAAGAUGAUGUAUGGAAAGAGAGACAGGCACAAGAGCAAACCCAACCAUUUCGUUAAGGAUGAAAUCAAGACACUGAUGGAUACAACUGAUGAUGGUCUAGGAACACCAAAGGUCAAUGGUUUCAUGAGCAGUAAUCCAGCUAGUGACGUUCUGCAAAUGAUUACUGAACUAAAGGAAGAGGAAAAUCCUCCACAAUCGAUACUUGUUCCCGUUCAAAAGAAAACCACAGAGGUGAAGCCACAUCCAGCAAGUGGUCCAAUCCUAAGUUCUGAGGUUUUUCUGCCGCCUCAAGCUCCUGGCUCAUCAGGGCGGAUUGUAAUGGAACCAAUACGAAAAAGGUUUCAGCAGCAAUACCGGAUGCAGCAACUAAUGUUGAUGAACAGAGAGGGAGCGUCUGAUUCUGCAGGUUCCAAUUCGGCAAGUUUACAGACACCCAGUCUCUCAUCUAGCGUUCAUGGAAUGGUUCCUCUCCACGCAGGGGUGCCUACCGACUCCACUGAAGCUCAAGCACCAAUACAUUCCUCCAUAUGUGGACCAAAUUGGUCUGCAAGUCAGGGCCUUCCACAGACUGAGGCGGAAGCUCCCAGUUCCCCUUCUACUGCAACUGUCCCACCAACGCAAGGAGAUGGAGGGACACCUGAACCACCAGUCGCGUUGAGUAGAGAUUGUCGUGGAACAACAGAUUUAAAUCAGACUAAAGAACCAGAAUGGCCUGGAUAUUUGUGCAGUUCCAUUCAACACCCUGAACACAAACAACCCACAGUAAAACCUACUUCUGUAUCAUCUCAGGGAGUGUCCGUGGAGCACACGGGACUAAAUAUGCAGAACCUUACAUCAGCAUUGAACCAUUCAAUAUUUGGAUCUGGAAAUCCUCUCAAAAAGGCGAAUCCACCCGAACAUUGUAGAAUUUCUGUUAAAUGCAGUGAACCACUCCCAGUUAAACCUCCGAUGCAAACUUCUGUUUUGAGCACUCCUUCCUGCAGACCUCUUGACCAAACUUCUCAAAGACCACUUCUUAAAGGUGCACCUCCGAAACAGGCUGCCUACACUAAUGUGUUUUCUACAGAUCUGCAUCAUCACUUGAAGAACAAGGACCCCAUUUCAAAUGAAGUAACCUCUCUAAAUACCUCGUCAGCACCUAAUCUACAUCUGCAAGAAUCUUCUCUGAAGAAUGCAGAAUCGGAUAGACUUUGUGGAAAUGUAGCACUUAAAAACGAAGAAAAUAUUUUCAGUAACAGUGUGGCUGGAGACAAGGACUUCGAUGACUGUUCAAGGGAAGCGUUGAAUUUGGUGCUUUCAAAGGCAGAGGACUGUGAGAAAAGACACGCCAACUCUGAUGCACAUAAAGAGUUGGUUAGGACAGAGGCUGAGCUGAAAAACAAUCUUAUCAGUCAGGCAAUGGAGCGACCCAAUGCGGCUUUGGAUAAACGUGAAACCUCAUGUCCGCAAAAGGGUUCAACUGUCAGUAGAAAGCGUGGCUCAAAAGAUCCAAAGUCAAUGGAAAAUCUGAAACUAAAGUUAUCAACUAAUGCAAAAGCUCUUAUGGAUUUGUCUAAUGGUGGCGCUGAAACUGUUAGUGGUGCACACCAAAGGAAUCCUGCUGUUGUCGCUCACCCCGAGACAAGGCACCAAUAUGGGCAUGGGCCAGGGCCAGUGCCGGCAUACAUGCACUAUCUGGAAUGUAAUCCGGAGAGCCUGGUGUCAGGCCAUUCAUUUGGUCAGCAUGCUCCCCCUUUUAUGGUGGUUCAUCCAAUGCAGGGUCAACCUUCCCAUUUUUACCAGCAUCCAACACAACAGCAAAUCGCCUCUCAGCUGAGUAAUCUUAACUACCACCCUCAGCAGUCUGUACACUCCAGUAUAAUGCCUGACAGAGGUUACCUUUCUGGACAGUCUAAUUUGUACAGCCAGUCACCAUUCGCCUUCUUAAGAGAAGGCAGCAGACAGUUGCAUGCUCAUCGGAAGGACAGACCUGAUGCAUAUUCUGACCAACUAAUUCCAGAAAGAAAUGAAUGCAAACCAUUGCAAGAGACUUCAGUAAAGAAGCUAAACACUGAGGCAGAGGAGAGGAGAUUUCAAAGUUCCAAAAUGGAAAGCAGUAGUGAGAAAGCUAACAAGCAUGGCAGGCAGCAAGAGUGUUUAGAUCUCCACGUCCAAAAUGCAACUCAAAGACAACAGGUCAUUCACAUGGCUUCUCCAGCUUAUAAUAAUCAAUUAACGAGUGGGAUUUAUUCACAUCAAGUUCCACAUCCAGCACUUUAUGCUAACGCCUCCACUCAUAAUGUACAGAGACUUCCUUAUGACCAAGCCUACAAUCCACAACUACUUCGUGUACAUUCAGUAAUAACUUCAACUUCUAACCACAUGGUACCCCCUCCAGUGAUGAAUCACAGUCCUGUUGGAAUGCAGUUGUUCAGUCAAUCGGAUAUGAAACCCGGUCCCUAUCCUGGAACUGUAAUUGUGCAAAGACCACAGUUCAAUACAAAUGGAGAUCUCUACAUGAUGAGGAAUAUGCUGCCUGAAUACCAAGUGCUGAAACAGAUGGGGAGAAGGGAUCCUGAUACAAUGCCACAGCCUCAAGAUAAAACUAUGCCCCCUCUUUGUAUGAACCAGCCCUGAACAAACAUAUCAGCAUUGCAAGUGGACGUGGCUCAGGAAAGCACUGAAAAUACUACCGUAGUAUUACAGCUCAACAUCUGUGAAUUGUAGCCAGGGACCAUUUCUGUAGUGGGAGUUUAAACUCAGGUUUAUAUAGUGUGAAUAGAGAAUUUUCAAUAAUAUGAAUUUGAAAUAAAGUUAAGUUUGUUACACUUUUAUUUUGACCCGAAACUGUUUUGUAAGCUGCCUUAAAGAAACUGUAAAUUGUAUAUAGAGGACAUGUCACCUUGCAAACUUCAGAAAAUCAUAAGCGUAAAAAAGCAUAACCAGAAAUCGUAAGUUAUAAAUUGUGUACACUGUGGAGUGUUUUCCACAUGGGAAAACUCGGUGAAGAUGCAAGUGUGUUUCAACACACUGGCUUUGGCAAGCAGCUGCUAAACUGUGAAUAUUAGAUUUUUCUUGUGUUUACUUUAGUCUGGAUUCGGGAAAGGUUUACAAUUAGUGUUGCAUUCACUGUACUUUAUUACCUUGUCUGUGAAACUGCAUUUGGAAUGCUUUUUUUGGUAAAGACCUUUUGAAAAGGUGCCCUUUCUCAAUUUGACUAGCCAGGAUUAUUAAUGGAUUGUAGAGGUAUAUGAAUUCUAUUUUGUUAUUUAUGUAUUAAAUGUUUUUUAAAAAAAUCUGAGGAGUACACAGCUAAUGUCAAAAACAGAUGUUUUGUAAACUUUAGUGUAGAAUACUGUUGCCUAUCUCUGUACCAGCUGCACUGUGUUUAAAUGGCUCUUCUCAGGAAUAAAUCUAUUUGUGUACAACA